UUGAACUUCACGCGUCGCUGACAACGUGCGCGUUUUCUGGCGGUGAGAAAUGCUGCUACUUGCGAUCGUAAAUUAUUCAACUAAAAAGAGUUUGACGGGCUUCGAAGGAAACGCAAUCAACAAGUUAUCUAAAAAUCGCUGUCAAUGUGAAUUGCAAAGUGCAGAGUGUAAAUUUCCCUAGUUCUCAGCUAGUGACAAGUGCUAUUCUCAGCUGACAAACAACUUUAAUUUUGAAAACCCACGAAAACAAAGCCGACACAACUGAUAUGAGCUGGGAGCGGCGCCAAUGUACGAAGUAGAAGUAGAUUGAUUUCAUUUGACAGAUGCCGGGGCGUAGUACGCACACUAAUUAUGAUAAAUGUGUUGCUCACAUUGUGUUAACUAAACAAAGGCUGAUACAGAUACAUGAACACGCACAACACACAUACACACAGAAAAUACUAACAAAGAGCACCGCAAAACCAAAACCAAAGACCAAAGACCGAGACCAUGUCAAAAUAUCAAAAGCUCGACAGCGCCCAGGCCCCCACGUCAAAUGAAGAUGAUUACGAUGAGAGUUUCUCGCUUUACUUUGAUGGUAAUCAGCCUCAGUCGGGUGCAGAGCAGGAGCUUCAUGACUUCAGACAGCCUGCCAGGGGAGCCUCUCAUCUGACCAAUCAUAGUCCCAAAUACCAACAACACCAUCCCCACCACCAGCAACAGCACCAGCACCACCACCUCAACAACAACAAUAGCCUCGAAAGCAGCCAUCGAGUGGCAGGAAUAGGAAGUAAAGCUAUCCGGGAUCUGGACGAGCAGACGUGGGAAGUGCCGCUGCUGGGCAGCAGCGAAGGAAGUGCCAGCAAUCUGCACUCGGAGCACGAGCAUGACACUGCAGCGCGAAUGGAAUUUGAGAUGGAGAUGGGGGCGGACAGGGAAUGCCGCAGCUCCCAGCCGGGAUUUGGGGCGAACCUAAAGAGCAAAUCGGCACAGGAGGCCAAAUUUAAAAUUCUGCUCGCAAUUUCUCUCUGCUGCAUAUUCAUGAUCAUUGAAUUCCUUGGCGGGUACGUGGCCGGAAGCCUGGCCAUUAUGACCGAUGCCGCCCAUUUGGCAACUGAUUGUAUUAGUUUCGUCAUCGGACUGGUUGCAAUUUGGUUGGGCAGUCGACCGCCGGACGAGCGCAUGUCCUUUGGAUACAAACGCUAUGAAGUUAUCGGUGCCCUGGCCUCCAUCCUGGGCAUCUGGCUACUGACUGGCAUACUCGUUGUGGUUGCCAUUCAACGGAUCUAUUCCCAGGACUUUGAGCUGGAUGUGAAUGUAAUGAUGGCCAUAUCAGGGAUUGGCAUUGCCAUCAAUAUUGUCAUGAUGUUCGUUUUGCAUGGGUCCUGGUUGGGCAUAGGCGGCCAUGGACAUAGUCACGGACACGGCCAUGGGCACGGGCACGGACAUGGGCAUAGCAACAGCCACAGCCACUCCGACUCCAGCUCCAACUCCCAUUCGGGUUCCUACGCGCUCAUUGCCGCAGGCAGCGAAAGCUCUUUGAUGGCGACGACAGCCACCGAUUCGAGAGCAACAAUUCCAAAUGGCCAUAAUGUGGCUAUAUCAAAUGGCUCGAAGCCAUUCGAGCGCAUCGGGACAGGGGAGAGGCCUAAGCAUGAAGGCCAAGAGAUGAACCCUCCUCCGCAGGCCUUGGUCAUCGAGGAGAACCUGAACCUGCGAGCGGCGAUGAUUCAUGUGAUUGGCGAUCUGGUGCAGAGCAUUGGCGUCUUUCUGGCCGCCGUCCUAAUCAAAUUCCGCCCCGGCGCCAAGUAUGCGGAUCCACUGUGCACGCUACUUUUCUCAGUGAUUGUGAUUCUGACGACGGUGCCGCUUUUCCGGGAGUCAGUCGCCAUCCUGCUCGACGCAGUGCCACAUACCAUAUCUCUGCGCACUCUGCAGCGGGAGCUAGCCAGCAUCGAGGGAGUGAGAUCGGUGCAUCAUCUGAAUGUGUGGCAGCACACCGCAGAGCACCGGAUACUCAUGGUGCAUCUUGUCACAGAGGCAAGGAGCAACAGCGAGGACAUCCUGCAGUUGGCCACGCAACUUGUCGGCGGUCCCGAGUACCACAUGAAGCAUGCUACAAUCCAAAUCGAACGUCUGACUGCCUAGUUUAACAGAAAAUUUUGCGAUUCGCGUGCCUAGGUUAUAGCUACAAUUUUAUGAACCACCAAAGUCUCAGUGCCACAUUAUCGAAGGCAUUUUGUGAUUUCACCCACUCGUGUAUUAAGUUUUAUUUUAUGUAUAGCGUAUCACCUUUGAGAACUGUGUUUUAAUGGCCUCCAGAUAAAACAUUUUAUUAAUUUA